UUUUUUUACAGUUAUUUGUUCUGAAAUUUAUUAUUAGGUUUCUUCCUCCUCCCGAAAACUUCAACCUUGCGUUGCUAUCCGUGGAAUUGGAGUUGGCAAACAAAGACGGAAAAGAUGAACUUGUAGACGCCAUCCUUUUUUCCAAGCAUAUUCGCGAGUACUUUCUCAGCCAUGUUAUGACAACCGGGCAGAGGGUAUUAUUAAAAUACAAUGAAAUUGGAUAUAUCUUCACUGUAAAUCAAGUUGCUGUUCAGGGUAAAGAAAAAACCAAUCGUAUCGAGAGAGGGAUGAUAUCAGCCGACACACACAUCAUUUACGAAGCACCGUUGUCAAGUGGGAUACAGAUUUUCAACCAGCGGGAACCUACCAACAUCUCCAAGGACAAAGAAUCCGGUCUAGUUGACCUUGAACGCUGCAGACUGAAUGGAUUCAUAAACUGUGGUUCCCGACAUGAUCACACUUAUAGAAGAAUUCGGCUGUUAACGGAAAAGGUUAAAGUUAGUGAAGGAAGCCCCCUUGUUACUUGCCUUCUCGAAGGCCCACGUGGCAGUGGUAAAACUGCGAUGGCAGCAACAAUUGGUAUUGAAAGUGAUUUCCCCUACGUCAAGAUAAUAUCCGAUGAAACAAUGAUUGAACUCAGUGAACCCGCGAAAUGUGCCCAGAUUGUUAAGAUAUUUGAAGAUGCUUACAAAUCGCCACUAAGCAUAAUUAUCCUCGACGAUGUCGAAAGGCUAUUGGAGUACGUUGUAACUGGGCCUCGUUUUUCGGAUUUAAUUUAUCGCACAUUUUUGGUGCUCCUGAAACGGCUUCCUCCAAAGGGGAAAAAACUUCUCGUUAUCGGGACUACAAGUGGAGUAAAAUUCCUGGACUCAGUCGGCAUUCGAGAUGCAUUCGCACUUACCUACAAUGUUCCGACACUAAAGAAAGAAGACGCCAAAAAGGUGUUACAGCGGCUUAACGUUUUCUCAAGUCAGGAUCUUGAUUCUGCUGCCGAGGCGUUAAAUGACGUAAGUCUCGUAUUCGGCACAGUUAAAUAUGAAAUAGAAGGUCGAAAAUGUGUGUUGUGUUAUUAUUGCUCAUCCGCAUUAUAGCUAAUAAAUCGCUCGAGUAUGAUAACAACAUAAACUGCCACCUCACCCUCUUUU